CAGUUCGGUUUCUUCCCCCUCGGUCCCCCCCCCCCCCCCGGCCUCGACACCGCCGAAGGAGAAGAGAUCUCGCUGGUGGGUGCCUCCUGGAUUUUGCUCUUCUCGGUAUGGCCCGCCCUGCGGCCCAGGCUAGCCCCACACCGAGCCCCAUGCUCGCCUCUCCUCCUCUGGGUCUGGCCGGCCCCAGCUCCACCAUGGUCAGUCUCAAGAGCCUUCUGCAGGGACCGGUCAAGAGUCCCGAACGGCGGGGGCCGAAGGACCUGAGUGCAUGUGUGAUCAAAGAAAAGGAACGGAAGAUGGAGGAUGACUUGAGCAUCUCACGCCCCGGGCACUGUGCUUACCUCGGGUCUCUCCUGUGGGAGCGCACACUGCCCUACAAUGAGAUUGAAUAUGUUGACUUGGAUGAAUUUUUGCUGGAAAAUGGCUUGCCUCCAAGUCCAGCCCAUCAGUCCUUCUCGCCAGGCAGCCAGCCCACUGCAUCACCUUCCAGCGGGGUCGUGGUGGACCUUAGUCGCCCAGCUUCAUGCGCCUCAUCAUCUUCAAUUUGCUCCUCGUCUGGUGAAGGCCUAGUGGGUAGUGAUUAUGACCAUCACUGCAGCAAGACAGGUCCCGUCACACCUGUGUCCCGAAGCACGCCCAGUCCUGUGGACCCCGAGGCUGUGGAGGUUCUCAUGAACUUUGACCCUGACCCCGCGGACCUGGCGCUCUCCAGCAUCCCGGGACAUGAGACCUUUGACCCCCGCAAGCAUCGGUUCUCUGAGGAGGAGCUGAAACCGCAACCCAUCAUGAAAAAGGCCCGGAAAAUACAGGUGCCGGAUGAACAGAAGGAUGAGAAAUACUGGAACCGGCGCUACAAGAACAACGAGGCAGCGAAACGUUCACGGGACGCCCGCCGCCUCAAGGAGAACCAGAUCACUGUCCGAGCAGCCUUCCUGGAAAAGGAGAACGCCGUCCUGCGCCAGGAAGUGGCCAACAUCCGCCAGGAACUCACCCGCUACCGCAGCAUCCUCUCCAAGUACGAAUCACAGCACGGCACCUUGUAAAGCCCACGGCUGGGAUGCCGUGCUCUUCUCCAUUGCUCCGCCGCCCAGGUGGUGGGGCCAACCCUGGUUUUCAACCCUGAUCCCCGUCUUCCCGAACCGGGCAAACAAAUAAUCAAACAACAGAUGUUUGGAAUGAGGGGAAAGGUCCGAGGUGGGCGAUUCCCACGUACAGGGGACUAUCGUCGUCCGGGUGCACGACAGAAGGGAUAAGACUUUCCGGGUUGGCGCAUGCCGGCCCUUGCCAAGAAAAGGGCGGUGACAUCAAGAGGUUGAACUGGGCAUUGCAGGCACACAGAACACACUGAACACACAAAGGGCUCCGUAGCACGCUGGAAGACGUAUUGCGCGCGUGUACACACACACACACACACAAGUUUGGUUCGUGGGUAGAUUUUUUUCUGCCUGAAGGCCAGAAUUCAAUCCCAGGCUGCCACGUUGGCUCACCUCCGCUUGUCACGUGUGGCAUUGGGCUUGAGAAUGCGAUUGGCUCAGGGGGGCAUCUGGUGCAUCAGGAUGCCUGGGUUCUCGGUUCUCAGGAGCAGGUGGUGCAUCUUUUCAAGCAGGCCAUUUUGCACAAGAUUUUAACCAUCCCCUUCUUGUUUCUCCCACUGGCUCUUGGGUGAGGGUGCGGGGGCAGGAUGUGAAGGGGCAGCGGGCUGCCCAGGUGGGUGUAGGAACCUCAGUGUCCUUGGGGCGUCUCUUCCUCACCGGGCAUUAAACCCACCCCCUUCACGAGGGAGAACCCAGGAAUCCUGGCUGGCACCCUGAAAGGAGGAAUACAUGAGGAUUUUUCUUCCUUUGGGCAGCAGCAAACAACUAUUUUUUUAAAAAAAAUCUUCUGCCUACGAAAAUGCCAAAUUAAAAACUACAGAAACGGG